AUGGAAUAUCUACAAAGAGAAUUCCAAACUAUUGGCUUCAAAGGGAGCUUUUCCAUUGGUUCGAUUGAUUUCCAGCAUAUUCUCAUUUGCUUUGACUUGGAAGAAGAUUUUCACCGUUGUUGGCUGAAAGGUUUAUGGACCUUUGAUGCGCAUCGGAUGAGAGUCCUCAAAUGGAUUACCGACUUUAAUCCAUCUCAUGAAAAUUCUAUUGUUCAGGUUUGGAUUUCCUUAGAAGGUCUUCCCAUUCAUCGUUUUAACAAGGAUUACUUUUGGAAACUAGCUAGCAUCAUCGGUACACCACUUCAAAUAGACAUCCCAACCCUCAAUAUGUCACGACCAUCAGUGGCUCACAUUUGUGUAGAGAUAGAUCUUCUCAAGGAACAUCCCAUUCCAAUUCGGAUUGGAGUUGAAGGGAAUUCCUAUUUCCAAUCAAUUUUUUAUGAAAACAUGCCUCAAUAUUGUGUAGACUGUAAGAAGAUUGGACAUGACCGUCUUUCUUCUCGACAUAACACAACAGUGGCCUCCCAAAAAAUGGAAUCUCGCCAUCCCACAAAGCAUCUUUUAGAGCAACCGGAUCUAGUUAAACAGCCAGUUUCAAGCCCAAUAGUUGCAUCAACACCAAAUCAAGAAAAAGAAUUAUUAGCACAGCCUUCCUCUAUGCAAAAAGCAUCGCAGCAAUCACUGCCGACUCCCACAGCCAAGUCUGCGAUGGAUUUGCUGCUGAAACCAACCGCUAUUUAUGAAGAGCCAUCUACUACUGUAGAUCGAACGGUGUUUCAAUCUGGGAAUAUCAUCACUGCCGCGAUUAUAGUGGCUACAUCUAUUGAUGCGUUGCUGCGACCAGAAGCAGCAAUCGCGCCUAUUGCUACAGCCUUGGACAAACCCUUAUCUUGUGCGCUGGAAACAAAUCUGCGGCCUGCAAAAACCCUUAAAAGGUCAACCUCAGGAUUAACGAUGGCGGAGAAGAUUUCCAUCCCAGUUGAUAUACCAGACAGCCCUCCGUUUCUUCAAGAUGCGCCGUCUGGUGAAGCUGCUGUUGGAAUAGAACUCGAAGACACGCUCUGCAAUCAACCAGAUUCUCCAAUUGCUAUUGAGAAUCACCAUCUUCCUUCAGCAUCAAUGGCCGCUGCUAGCAAAAGUUGA